AUGGAGGAUUCGCUGCUCUCAGGAACAGGAGGGAGGUUUCUUGACAAAGUUCUGGACUUAGUGAAAAAGGGCGACGAGGCUGGCUUUAGCAAUGCCGACCUCGACUGGAUCUUGAAGUGGGGUUUUGGUCAGAAGGACUCAAUUGCAGAGGCACUGGAUCCGGACUGGCGCGCCACAAUGAAGGAGCUCAACGUUAUGGAUUCGCACGACCAGGUGCAAAGUUUCCUCAUGCGCGUGUCGCGCCUGCUCGGUGAGCCUCAGAUGUGGCGGUUUCACGAAGGAGCCAACGGCAGCUGGCACCUUUUCAGACCGAGCGCGGAAGACGGAAACCUGCCCUGCCCCCACUGCCCCGAAGGGCCCAGCCGGCCAAAGUGGCGCGACUGCUCCGCGCAUCAGGAGCGGAGCGAAUGCGGCUUCCUCCGGCGGGACGCGCUAGAGCUGCCCUACAUCGGGCUGGAGCCGUACGUGCGGGCGAAGCUGACAACCGAAGCCGGCUGCCAGGACAUGCUCGGGGCUUGGCGAGAAAGAGACAGGUGGCUGAAUCAGCCCCCCGACAGUGUCCCGGAGCCGCAGCUGGAAUACUGGGACGGGAAGCGCUUCAGGGAGCGGUCUAGUUUCCUCGACCCCAACGGCACGUGGCUGCUCCCCCUCGCUUGCGCAAACUGCUGCCGUCCGCGCCCCGUGUACUGCUCUGAAAACCUAGAGCUUCCCUCCUACGUUCGUCCAACUCAAGCCAUGUGGAAUGCAACCACCGGAAGUUUUGAGACGGAGUGCCCCCUGUGCCGGCAGCCAAUAAGCGCGAAGAGGGAGGAGCUGGAAAUCUCGGGGGACCCAAGAAACGUGAUCUUUGGUUGCCACGUAGAUGGCUUUCCUUCCUCGCGCACGACAAACAAGAGCAGCUGCAUCCUAGACGCAACCCCCCUGGUCGUCUCAAAACGGUUGCGCUACCGGGCCUGCGAAGGGUGGCUCUGGCCCCUUUGUUUUCCCCCGGAAGAGAAACUGAAAAGCGGGCCGGAAGCGUACGACCCGUUCAUCCUCCUUCUGGUCCUAGAUUCGGUUCGGCUUUUUGUAGAGGGGAUCUUGGUAAACUACGCCCUAGAUCCUGCAAAAGUGAGCCCCGACGUUCCCCCCCGACACGGACAGCCUGUGCGCAUCCGGAUGAUAAUGUCCUGCUUCUUCGCCGAUCUGCCAGCCCUUGCUGACGUGGCGAAAUUCAAAAGGGGGGGGUGGCACGUGUCGCGGCGGUGUCCGCAGCUGGCUGUCCGAAACGGAGAUCGGUUGGUGUACGCGAAUGGGCGGCGGCUUGUGCGUGAUGGCUGCGGAAGCAAGAAGAUGAAGGACGUGGUCGCGGCGAUGCUGGAGCACCUGGGGGCAAGAACCAAAGCGGAGCGCGACGAGAUCGGCGCGAGAACCGGGGUUGUUGGGUUCAGCAUGCUGGCCAUUCUGGGGGGCGUGUACAGCUUGGACCUGGUGCUGGACAUGUGCGGGGACUGGCUGCACAAGGGCUCGGAGAACCAGGUGAAGCACCACGUAAGAGACACCCUGCUUCCGGUCACCAGAAAGGAAGGCGGCCUCCUGGUGCAAGAAGCCCCCCCCCGGAUCAACAUCAAGGAUUUCGGAAAGCGGCUGCAGGCGAUAAAGCCGACGCGCAAGCUUGCAGACGGCCGGUGGGUCAAGGACCCGGAAGAGCGCCCCCUCGGGUUCUGGAAAGCGGAGGAGCACGAGAAGGUCGCGCUCUACUGCCUGCCGACUGCGUACGCGGGGCUCAUUGACGAGGAAGGGUAUGCCAUUACCCAGCUCGUCGCGUGCAUUCAGCAAGCAGUAUUCAUUGUCGGAUCGCGGGAAGGCUGGACGCCGCAAAAGCGAGCGGUGUUUGACCAGCUGUGCAGAGCCAAGUUUGCGCGCGCCGAGGAGUACUUCGGCUCCAAGCUCCGCCCCCUGGAGCACGAGACCUGCCUUCACACCCUUUCUGAUAUCCUGAACCACGGGCCUCCGGACAGCCUGUGGUGCUAUCUGUGCGAAAGGCACAUCCGCAAGCUCAUCAACACCCCGAGCAACGGAAAGGAAUACGAAAAGACGUUGUUCAAGCGGGCAUUGAGUGCUUUGGUUGGCGGAUGGCUGCAACAGCGGAGAAAGGAAGCGGCGCUGUGGCGGACGCGGCAGUUCGCGGGAGAUGAGCUGUGGGCCGAGGCAAGGGAGGGGUUUGAGGGCGGGAUUCUGUUCGCCUCUUCUCAGAAAAGGGCCGUCGCGUUUGUCGAGGGCCUUGAAAGGUGGCCCCCAAGCAACCGGCAGCCGUCGGACGUCGACCUGCUCAACAGCGUCCAAGCAAACGGGGUCGCCGUUGGGAGUGUGCCACGAACCUGGGGUUUCCGUACGUUCAAGACCCUCAAAUCCCCCCAGCGAAUCGGCGUAGAGAGGUGCCUAGCCCGCGCACCAAACGCAGCCGCAAGGGGCCUCCAGCUGGAUCCGAAGACCGUAGUGAACCUGAAGAGCCUGCAAAGCGGGGAGCAUAACUUUGCCCCAAAGGACUUCGUGGUCGUGCGGGGGGGUGCGCCGGGCGGGGAAGCGGCGGACGAGCAGUUCGGACGGCUGGAGAGCAUCUUCUGUGUCGCGAAUAGGCGAGGCGCGAGGCACGUGUUUCUGGAUGUGAGAUUCUUCCCGGUUCAGAUGGAAGGAGGCGAGCCAGCGGGGGGGCAGUGGCACAAUUGCCUCUUGCUCGGCACUUUGAAAUCUCUGGCGGCAGACCGCGUGCGCCCGGCAAGCAGCCUGCUGCGCCACUUCAUUCCGUUCGCCGAGCCAGGCGAGACCGUGUUCACGAGCGCCGCGAACCACGUCAUCGAGGUCUGCCCCACCGGCUUCGGUUUUGCAGCGCACGACGUAUGGGUCCCGGUCUUUCCCAGGGUUGGCGACGUCGUCCGGCUGCCGGUGGUGGAGCCUCCGGACGUCGUCCCGGAAGGGGUAGCGGGCAAGUGGGGCUACGGAGUGCCCGUUUCUGUACUCAAGUCGGUGCGGCCGGGGCAGUCGGUGGCGUACGCUCUCGUCCGGCAAGUGAACGAGGACGGCAAGCUGGUGGACGUGCAAUGGUUGAAGCGGGCUCCGGGCGAGAGGGCGCUUCCGGACGGCAGCAAAGCCGGCGUCUGGGGUUUGUGGCCGGUUAGCAUGCGAAGAAACCGGAACGGCACUCUGGUCGAGGAGGUGGAGGGAGACUCUGCGAGCGACUCGGAAGAAGACGGGGAAAGAGGUCGGCGUCAAAGGGGCGGGGCAGCAAGGCCGCAAGGGGGGUUCGCCUUGAAGCGCGCGCCUUGGAACGCUCUCCUCGACCGUGUCGAGGGCGUUGUCAAAGCGGAGAGAGAUGCAAACGGACGUGCUUUGGACGGAGGGCCACUUUUCAGUUUCAAAGAGCUCCCCCCGGUGCGGCGCAGAUGA